AUGAUUACAAAUCAACAGUUCAAUGACAAUAUAGAAGAGUUCAUUUCGAUUAUGCUAGCAAACUUGAAGUUAAAAGGCACUGAUUUUGAGUUUUCUGUUAAUAACAACUACGUGAAUAAAUGGAAUAUUGACAAAAUGUAUAGUUUCGUCAGUGUUUCUGUGAAGCAGCUUCGUAUAGAUUUUACAAUUUCUUUUGAUGAUUUAUAUGGUGUUCCAUUGUUAAAUAUGAGAUUAUACGACAAUGACACGUUUUUAACUUCGCCAAUGGCGCAAAGAACGUUGGCAGUUGGGAUUUGUCGGGUUGAUUUACAUAAUCAUCACCUUCUUCAACAGCCUUGGUUGCAAGUGCAUCCGUGUGAAACGCUACAAACAAUCGAUAGUCAUUUGAAGAAUACACCGACCUGUAAAUAUAACCUGGUUAUACAAUACUUGUGUUGCUGGUUUGGGCUAUACGGGUUGCCUAGUAUAUUUCCACAAUUUAGUGUAAGACCAAAUAUAUAUAUUAAUAAUGUACAAUCAUGCAAAAUAAAAUAA